AUGGGUCGUCUUAUUAAGAACCAUUGGGCUCGGCUCAUUGUCAUGAGCGCUGCAGCUUACCAGUUCGCCGCCGCCAUCGAGGGCUUCUUCUGGCCCAAGAUAUUUUGGGACUUUCUGACCAAGACCUUGGACCCGGCCGUCAAGCCUGUACCUGUGUUACAGAUCAUCAAUCUAAUCAUGGCUCUCUUCAUGGUGGCCUUGGAGUGGCCUCUGGUAUUCAUUGCCGGCUCGUCGAUUCACCGCAGCCUGGAGUUCCGUCUUAUUGUCCUCCCUCUUACUACCCUCGCCGCAGCUCUCAUCUACCAGGGCACCAACGCCGCUCUCUAUUACCUCAUCGGACUGGUCGUCUACUUUUGGGCCUACAGCGAAGGAGAGAUUAUUUGUGCCAAGCCCUGGACACUCCCUCAAAGAGGCCGCAACGGCUCUCGUGUCUAA